CAAUCAAAGCCCCGCAAUUCCGUCAAAACGGCCGAAAUUAUGCUCCUUUCUUCUCCUUUCCAUUGCCAUUCUAAUUCUCCCUCCACACUUUCCUCGCCAUUACGCCCCAACCUUCCAACCAAUCCCUUCCGCCGCGGCCCAAUCAUGACCCCGGGACUCCACGCCGCCGACCUCCGCCGGAUCUUCCACCAGCUCGACCGCAACGGCGACGGCCUCCUCAGCAUCGACGAGCUCGGCUGGCUCCUCGACCGGAUCGGAUCAGCGUCCCUCCACUUCACCAGCGACGAGCUCGAGUCCUCCGUCGGCAAAUCCACCCUCGAUUUCGACGAGUUCCUCGCCUUCUACCGCUCCAUCGAGGACGGCGGCGGCGACGGGGAGUCGGGGGCUUCCGUGGCGGCGGCGGUGGAGAGGGAUUUGGAGGAGGCGUUCAGAGUGUUCGACAUAAACGGCGACGGAUUCAUAACGAGCGAGGAGCUCCAGAAAGUGCUCUCGAGAUUGGGGCUGUGGGACGAGACCACCGGGAAGGACUGCCGCCGGAUGAUUUCGCCGUACGAUACGAAUCUCGACGGCGUGCUUGACUUUGAUGAGUUCAAGAACAUGAUGCGAGAAACGACGUCGUCCUAAAGAAGGAGAGGGAGGGAAUUUUUGCCGGAUUUUCUUGAUUGCAGUGCGGACGGUGAGGAUUGAGUUUUUUUACGGCCGGGACUCGGGAGAUCCAAUUUCUAAAUUGGACGGUUCGGGUUGUUCUCGGAAGAACCGGUUUGUAUUUUUUUUUGUUUUAAAUUUUCUGGUUUGUAUUUUUAUGGCAUGUUAGGUUGGGUGUAGAUAAUUAAAUGAGUAGGCCAUUAUUAUUGUAUUUGAUUGGGAAUUAAUGAAUUGGGGAAGUUGGG